AUGAAGCAGCUGAUUAGUUCCUGUCAUACUAAUUCAAAUCUGAAGCUAUCAGCCCUAUAUUAUGCCCUGUAUCCAGCAACAGAUAAGGUUCUAUGGCGUGAUACAGUUUGGGAAUGUCUGAGCUUUCCAAAACAUGCUUUUAUUCUUUGGUUAGCUGCUCAUGAUAGACUUCUCACUCAAGAUAAACUUCUGAAAAGGGGGAUUAUCAAUAUCAAUCAAUGCAAAUUAUGCUCUGAUGCAGUUCUUGAAUGUAGGAAUCAUUUAUUCUUCGAUUGCAGCUUUUCAAGAGAUGUUUGGAAUGGAAUUAUGGAUUGGAUUCAUUUUAAAUGGAGGUCUUGUGACUGGUGUAUACUUUUAAACUGGUAUAACACCAGGUUGAAGGGAAAUGGACUUAAGCAUAAGGUGAAGAGGAUGGUAUUGGCAGCGACUGUUUAUAGUGUAUGGAGAGAAAGAAAUGCAAGGAUUUUUGGCCAAAUCAGUAAGAGUGUUGAGCAAUUGAUCAGAGACAUAAAAAUUGAUGUUCUGUCAAUUAUUCUCAACAGUGAUCAUUCGGAAGAUUUUAAACUCCUGAAGCAAGUUUUGUAA